AUGAAUUAAGUAAAAUAAAAAACAUAUUACAAAUUAAAAAAGUUUAAUAGUUCAUGCUUUUAAUAGCACAACAUACUUAUUUUCGAUCUAAGAAGAUACAUGAUUGGUGCUAAUUCACGUUUGGGAAUAGGAUUAUCAAAAUGUGAAAACUUAACUGAUUUAACUAUAAAUUUACAAAAUUGUUAGUUCAAAACAAAUGGCACAUAAAAGUUAUGUGAUGGAAUCCAAAAAUGCAGUAAACUUACUUAGUUAAAUAUUGAUUUGUGCAGAAAUAGUUUAAGAAAUGACGGUGCUUAGAUUUUAGGAACUGGAUUGAAAAAUGUUAUCAAUCUUACCACUUUAUCAAUAGAUUUAACCCAUAAUUAAAUAGGAGAAUAAGGAAUAAGAAAUUUAGGUACUGAGUUAGGUUAAUACCAAAACUUGAAGAGACUAACUUUAAUAUUAGAGUAAAACUAUGCUGGAGAUUAAGGAAUUUAUGAUUUUUCAUUAGCGAUAUCGAAUAAUAAAAACCUGGAAGGUUUAAAACUUAAUUUAAUUAAAAAUAAUUUAGGUGAUAAAGGAGUAUCAGGUUUAGCUAUUUGCUUGAAAAAUUGUGUAAAAUUACAAGAUAUAUCUCUCUAACUUUAAUAUAAUUAAAUUGGAGAUAAAGGUUUUUAAGAUUUAGCUUCUUCACUAAAAGAAAGUACAAACAUCUAAUAUUUAACUUUAGAGUUAUAUUAAAAUAAAUAGAUAUGCUCAAAUAGUAUAUAAAUAUUGGGAUAAUAUUUGCAAAAUUUAUCAAAUAUUAAGGGCUUAUUAAUUAAUUUAGCAUGGAUAUAUACAGCUGCUUCAGGAAUAGAAUAUUUGAUAAAUGGUUUAUCAAAUUGUUAAGCUUUAGAGUAGUUGUAACUUAUUUUAUGUAGAAACUAAAUUUGUUUUUAGAAUUCUUCAAUAAUAAACUCUGUGUUUGAGAAUCUCAAAAAUCUUAAAAAGUUGACUCUUCAAUUAUCGGAAAAUAAUCUCAUGGUAAAAGGUUCAUAUAAUUUAAGUUAAAGCUUGAAAAAUUGCUUAAAUUUAGAGUACCUAUAAAUUGGAUUAGAAUAUAAUAAUAUUUAAGAUGAAGGUGUCAAUUGUCUUUGUUAAAUCUUUGAAAGCUGCUUGAAUCUUAAGACUGUCAUAUUAUAAUUAUAAAAUAAUUAGAUUAGCGAUAGAGGAAUAUCAUAUCUAAGUAGUUCUUUUAAUAAUUGCAAAGAUUUGGCUACUUUAAAGAUUUUUUUGAGCUCUAAUAUACUAACCAGUUAAGGAAUAGUCAUUUUAAUAUAAGCUUUAUAAAAAUGCUUAAAUCUUAAAGAUUUAACAUUGAAAUUUGGCUUCAAUAACAUAAACAAUUAGGAAUUACCAUAAAUAGGAAGAGAGUUAAUGAAGUUUCAAAAGUUAUUAAAGUUAGCGCUUUGGUUUAGAUAAUCUCAAUUCUAACUAGAUUAAGAGUCCAUUUUAAUAAGAAGAGCUAAAAAAUCAGUCAGAUUAAUUUCAUUUAAUUUAUGUUUUUGA